AUGGCUGAACUAAAGAUAGUUUAUCCAUCACCAAAUUAUUAUCUUGUAGCUGGAGCAGAUAACAAAGUACAAUGGACAUUUGAUCCAACUACUGAUCCAAAAGCAUUUUCUAUGUAUUUAAAUAACCCCAAAAUUCCAGACUUGUCAGAUUUUGCCAUUGCCAACACAGUUAAUACAACACUUGGUGUAACUACUGUUCAAAUUCCGCCUAGUCUAGUUAAUACUGGGUUUGUGAUUAGAUUUACAAAUGUUGCAAAUAUUGCAGAUAUAUAUACAACUUCUGAACAAUUUGAAAUCAAAGCACCUGGAACAACUCCUACUACAUACGUACCACCUGUACCUACAACAUCCGCAGUCGCCACUACUAACUCUGAUACCGCCGCUACUACAUCACCAUCAUCACCGUCAACGAAUGCACCUAAAUCAAAUUCAGAAUCUUUAUUCGACAAUUCAAAUUUUGGACUUUUGAUCAUUACUAUUGCCAGUGGACCUACCUGUGCAGUCAUCGCAUACAAAUGUCCAGAUAUCCAAGUGACUAUUGUUGAUUUGAAUCCUGCUCGUAUAGCAGCUUGGAACUCUGAUAAUUUACCAAUUUAUGAACCAGGUCUUGAUGACAUUGUAUUUGCAUGCCGUAAUAAAAAUUUAUUUUUUACAACUGAUGUGGAAAAAGCUGUCAUAGAAGCGGAUUUGAUUUUUGUUUCAGUAAAUACUCCGACAAAAAAAAGUGGUAUGGGCGCUGGUUAUGCUGCUGACCUUGCUUAUGUUGAAUCAGCUACAAGACAGAUUGCAGAUGUGGCAAGAAGUUCAAAAAUUGUAGUUGAAAAAUCAACUGUGCCAUGUCGUACAGCAGAGAGUAUGAGAACAAUUUUAGAAGCAAACUCCAGGGACGGUAUUCACUUUGACAUACUAUCAAAUCCUGAAUUUCUUGCUGAAGGUACUGCAGUUAAUGAUUUAUUAAAUCCUGAUCGUGUUUUAAUUGGUGGCUUACAAACGCCUGAAGGAAUGAAAGCUCAAAAGGCUUUAGUAGAAGUAUAUGCUCAUUGGGUUCCUACUGAACGCAUCAUUACUACUAACUUAUGGUCAUCUGAACUUUCAAAAUUGGCAACAAAUGCUUUGUUAGCUCAACGUAUAUCAUCAAUCAAUGCAUUGUCUGCAAUUUGUGAAGCAACAGGUGCUGAUAUUGAUGAGGUGGCGUAUGCUUGUGGAAAAGAUGCACGUAUUGGACCAAAAUUUUUAAAGGCGUCAGUUGGAUUUGGUGGAAGCUGUUUCCAGAAGGAUAUAUUGAAUCUGGUUUAUCUUUCUCAACAACUUAACCUUCCUGAAGUUGGAGCCUAUUGGAAAAGUGUUGUAGAUCUAAAUGAAUAUCAGAAAAACCGUUUUAUUUCACGUAUUAUCAAAACGUUGUUCAACACCAUCACCUACAAAAAAAUUGCAUUGCUUGGUUUUGCAUUUAAAAAAGAUACCGGUGAUACCAGAGAAUCUGCCGCAAUCACUUUAUGUAAAGCUUUUAUUCAAGAAAAAGCUAAAGUUCAUAUUUAUGAUCCAAAAGUUAGCGAAGAACAAAUUCAUCUUGAUUUGACUGAACCUGGUGUUGUUGACAAUACUGACGAAGCAAUAACAAUUUUAGAAUUUGUGCGUAAUCAAAGUACUGGCGGCGUUAUUCAAGGAAUGAAAACUACUCGCCUGAUAAUAUCAAUUGGUAAAUCAAUCGAAAAUGAAUAUAAUGCUGAACAAAUGAAAAAGAGGAAAAAUAGAAUGAUGAUUCAAAAAAAAUUGAACGUUCAUGAACUUUAUUCAUCUGGAAAACUGUUUAAUAUGGCAGUUCGUAAAGUUACGGCGAAAAUUGAAAGAGAAAAUUCUAAUUCUGAGUGGCAACCUGAAUGGCCGACACCUGUUAAAGCAAAGGGAAGUAUUGUCAAAUUAUCACCCAGUAAGCCCGGAAAAGAUCAAAUGACAGCAGUUGUAUGGACUACACCAUUAGAUUUGCCCAUUGUACAACCAUAUAGAAAAUUAGGAAGUAAAACAAUUAAAACAAAUCUUCAAAAUAUUAGUAUUGAAGAUCCUGAUGUUGCUAGUCCAGUAAACAGUCUUAAACAACGUGCGGCAUUUCCACCAAAUUUCAUCCAUUCACUUGAUGCAACACAUAUGUUAAUGACAUCGUUAGAAUGUAAAGAACAACAACUGACAUUUGCAUCAGUACAUGACAGUUAUUGGACUCAUGCUUGUGAUGUCGAAAGGAUGAAUUUAAUAAUUCGUGAUCAAUUUAUCAAGCUUCACGAACAACCUAUUAUGGAAAACCUUCGCAAAGAAUUUAUGGAAAGAUAUAAAGGCUAUAAGGUGCCUGUUAAAUUGCCUACAGAUAAAUAUUAUGAACUACUUCGUAAAAAAGUAGGAGAAAUCCCUUCACCAGCUGAUGAUGGAUACGAAACUAUUUUAAAUUUAGAAGAUAUCUUGGACAUUACUGAUAAUUUUCAAUUCGGAGAACCUACCGGACUGCUCAAAGAAUUUGACAAUAAAGAAUUGGCUGAAUUAUCAUCAGAAAAUAUUAAGGAUGCAUUUGCAGAAAUAUCUUAUGACUUGGAAAACGAUAUCGACGAUCCAUCAAAGCAUUUGGAAAAAUAG